AUGGCUGCAGCACAGUCAGCCGCUGGUGGCCCUCCUUCGGGCUAUCCUGGUGGUCCUCGGCCAGCUGGAGGUCCUACGCAAGGCGCAUAUGCAAUGUCGAUAGGACAGAAGUGGGAGAGAUCUGAAAUGGGCCCUCUGACAGACAUGAACGCUUGUUUUUUGUGGAUGCUUGUUCUAACUGAGUAUCGCCAUGGCAGCCUGGCCAAACCCAGCAAUAUCAGGCAUAUCCAGGUGCGCAAACACAAGGUCCACCCCCAGCGGUAA